GUUUCAACACCUCCUUUCACAUGAGACGGCAGCGAGGGAAGCGCAGAGUCUCUCUACAAGCCGUGCGUACAGGGAGUCCCAUUACAAUGGAGCUCCUCGCCGCUUCUCUCCACCUCCUUCUCAUCACUGUUGCUGUUGCAGAAUUGCCGCACGACGGCAUACACUGGACCUAUAGAGAGGGGGCCUUGGAUCAAGUCCAUUGGCCGAUGAAAUAUCCCGCAUGUGGUGGGAAGAAACAGUCACCUAUUGACAUCCAACGGCGGAACGUCCGCCAUAAUCCUCGCAUGUUGCAGCUGGAGCUGAGUGGAUAUGAUGCCCAGAGAGGGAAUUUCCUCAUGUUCAACAAUGGGCACUCUGUGCAAAUUAACCUGCCUCCCACUAUGGUGAUCACCAAGGGGCUCCCUGGUCGUUACACUGCAGUCCAGAUGCACCUCCAUUGGGGUGGCUGGGACCUGGAGGCCAGUGGGGCAGAGCACACAUUAGACGGCAUCCGUUACAUGGCAGAGCUCCAUGUUGUCCAUUACAAUUCUGGAAAGUACAAGAGCUUUAUUGAAGCCAGAGAUAAACCUGAUGGGCUGGCAGUACUUGCAUUUUUCUAUGAGGAUGGGCAUUUUGAAAACACCUAUUACAGUGAUUUCAUCUCCAACUUGGCCAGAGUCAAGUAUGCAGGUCAGGCAAUAAAUAUAUCCAACAUCAAUGUGCGCUCAAUGCUCCCUGAGAACCUCAACCAUUUCUUCAGAUAUCAGGGCUCCCUCACCACUCCUCCUUGCUAUGAGAGCAUCCUCUGGACUGUAUUCGAUACACCCAUCACUCUCUCCCACAACCAGAUCAGGAAGUUGGAGAGUACCCUGAUGGACAUUGACAACAAGACCCUGUGGAAUGACUACCGGAUGGCGCAGCCACUCAAUGACCGCAUUGUAGAGUCUUCAUUUCUACCACGCCUUGGGAAAGGAACAUUUUGUCGGCAAGAUGAAAUUGAAUCCAAGCUCCUAAGGAUAGAGAGUUUGAUAGCGUCUGUUGGAAAACACAUUCAGUCCGAUGGAAUUCAGGACUCUAGGACCUCCAGGAAUGGACCUCAGGCUUUGUCAAAACUGGUUCUCAACUUCCCAGAGAGGAAUGCAGGCAGCUACGCCCUGGUCCGCCUUGAUCACCCUAUGAAUCUUCACUCCUUCACUGUCUGCAUGCAUGUCCGGCCUCAGCCUGGCGGUAUCCACACUGUCCUCUCCUACUCCAGUGCUGGCAUCGACAAUGAGCUGAUGAUCACCAUUGGUUAUGAAGUGGGGCUCUGGAUCGGCAAUGAAUUUGUCAACCUGCCUCACAAGUUCCAGUCUCAUGACUGGACAAACUACUGCAUCACCUGGUCAUCCCACAAAGGAGAGGCGGAACUCUGGAUCAAUGGUGUGGUAGGGGAGGAGCAGUACCUGAAAGGUGGGUAUUCGCUGAACCCUGGGGGCGUGUUCAUCCUGGGCAAGGACCAGGAUGGCUUUCUGGGCAUCUCUGACUCGGACGCCUUUGUGGGUAAGAUGACCGACGUCAAUGUGUGGGACUAUGUGUUAAGCACGGCGGAGAUUCAUGAACAGAUGUCAUGUGACAGGAACAGCACUGUGAUAGGUAAUGUGCUCAGCUGGGGCGCCUCCCCGCUCAGCCUGUAUGGAGGGGUGCAACUGGAGAAUGAUUACAGGUGUCCCUGAAGACUCCUUAUACCUUCGCUGGUUCUGUGAGCUUUGAAAUGCCAUUAUAUGAUUCAGUGGUUUCAUAGUUGUCGAAUAAUCUAUACCUUAUACUAUCAUGUGUCCUCUUUUAAGACCAAAUGAAAAUCUUACUUUUUUUAGGCUAGAUUUUGGCUCAUUUUUGUCUUAUGCAUUGUUUUUUUCUUGCUGUUUUUCUCUUCAGUUGAAUUACAUCUGCUGUAUUUAUUCUUUUUUUUGUAUUUUCUUUUAAUGUUUGAAGCACUUUUGCUUGUAUGCGACAAGUGCUAUAAGAAUAAAGUUAAAAUAUCAUUACCAAAAUGUCAGUGCUGAUAGUGGUAACAAGACCCUGCUCAUGAAAUUAUUGAUAACAAAUAUCUUUGACACAGCAGUAGUUUUUUGCACAAAAGCAAAUCAACAUUAUCCAUCACAGCGUCAGGCCUGUAUUGCAUUCACAUGUUUGUGUCAUUAAUAAAUAUCUACAAGCACUGUGUUGGUUCAGUUAUUGACUUGAAGACUUAACCUAAGGUUUACUUACUUACUCUAGUUUAUGUUUACUUACAUUUACUUAAGGUGUACUUACUUACUCUAGUGGCAUUAACUGUAGAUUGCAAGUCCAUACAGAGAUGUAUAAUAAUAAUAAAAAAAGGU